CUGCUGGUGGGACUGGAGCUCUGGGUCUAUGUCCAGAAAAUGCACAACCUGCAGAAGAGAAUGGAGGCGUCCUGCCUGGAGCUGGCCCUGGAAGGAGAGCGCUUGUGCAAGGCUGGGGACUUCAAGGCUGGGGCAGCCUUCUUCGAAGCAGCGGUGCAGGUGGGGACAGAGGACCUGAAGACUCUCAGUGCCAUCUACAGCCAGCUGGGCAAUGCCUAUUUCUACCUAAAGGAGUACUCCAAAGCCCUGGAAUACCAUAAACAUGACCUUACCCUGGCCAGAACCAUUGGGGACCGCAUUGGAGAAGCCAAAGCAAGUGGAAACCUUGGGAACACAUUGAAAAUACUCGGGCAGUUUGAUGAAGCUGUUGUUUGUUGCCAGAGACACUUGGACAUUUCUCAGGAGCAGGGAGAUAAGGUAGGUGAAGCCAGAGCACUCUAUAAUAUAGGAAAUGUUUACCAUGCAAAGGGAAAGCACUUAUCUUGGAACAUGGCCCAAGACCCAGGCUACCUGCCUCAAGAAGUCAAGGAGACUCUACAGAAAGCUUCGGAAUAUUAUGAGAGGAACCUGUCCCUGGUGAAGGAGCUGGGGGACAGAGCUGCCCAGGGCCGUGCUUAUGGCAAUCUUGGCAACACCCAGUACUUACUUGGCAACUUCAGUGAAGCUAUAGCCUUCCACAAGGAGCGCCUCGCUAUUGCCAAGGAGUUUGGGGACAAGGCAGCCGAGCGGAGAGCGUACAGCAACCUGGGCAAUGCACACAUCUUCCUUGGGAGGUUUGACAUCUCUGCUGAGUACUACAAGNAAACACUCCAGCUCUCCAGACAACUCAAAGACCAAGCAGUAGAAGCCCAGGCAUGCUAUAGUCUUGGAAACACGUACACGCUGCUUCAAGACUAUGAAAGAGCCAUUGAGUACCAUCUAAAACACCUGGUGAUAGCACAGGAGCUGGGAGACAGGGUGGGAGAAGGAAGAGCCUGCUGGAGUCUCGGAAAUGCCUAUGUCUCCCUGGGGAGCCAUGAACAGGCUUUGCACUUCGCAAGGAAACAUCUUGAAAUCUCCCAAGAGAUCGGGGACCGGAGCGGAGAGCUGACAGCACAGGGGAACAUGGCCCAGCUCAGGACAGCCCUUGGCUUGGGCCCUGGCGAGGAGGACACGGGGACAGCUCAUCACUAUUCUGGCUAUGAAGCACAAGGAGCCAGGCCAAAGAGACUCCAAAGGAACAGCAUGGACAGCUUAGACCUCCUGAAGUUCCCUUCUGAAAAGGACCAGAAUGGGGACAGCCAUCAUGUGGGAGACCUGAAGAUCUCGGGAAAAGAGUUCUUGUCAUUGCCUGCGAGGUCAAAGAAAUACCGGGAGCACCACUCCAGUUCCGAGAGGAAGCCCCGCGGGUCAAGUACCUCACCACUGGAUGCCAGCGAGGUCCGAGUCCAGGUCUCACAGUCG